UGUGUGUGUGUGUGUGUGUGAAGCAAGACAUGAGUCGAAAGUUGAGGGGGCACAAUUUCGUUUAUAACUGAGGAUUUGUUGAGUAGGAAAAAGCUCGACGGGCAGCAUUCUGAUCUCAUGUCAGCAGGAGUUCCAUACCAGUGAUCGGUGCCCUUUUGACCUGGAAUCCACCUGUCAACCAUGACAACAUCUGGAUCCCGAGCCUUCCUCUUGCUCCUCCUCCUCAGCUCCCUCUCAUCCCUGGUUUAUUAUAGCUUCUCUGGCCAGAAGCUUUAUCAACAGAAAUAUCAUCCAGCUGUUUCUCAGAGAAACAUCAGAAUCCUCUUGUGGCACUGGCCGUUUGGCCACUCCUACGGGCUCCAUGGAGACAAAUGCCUCGAGAUGUACAAUAUCAGCCACUGUUUCCUCACUGAUAACAAAGCUGCUUUCUCCACUGCAGAUGUGGUUGUCUUCCACCAUCAGGAGCUGAGCAGAGGUCUGUCCUCGCUGCCCCUGCACCAGGAUCGGCCAGCCUCCCAGCACUGGGUGUGGCUGUCCCUGGAGCCCCCUGUCAACAAUGCAAACCUCACACAGCUCAAUGGCUUCUUCAACUGGACAAUGAGCUACAGACGUGAUGCAGACAUCUACAUCCCUUAUGGAAUGACCAUGUUAGGAGGUGAUGAGAGAGGCUUCCAGGCUGUUCCAAACCGUUCCUGCCUCGCCAGCUGGGUGGUCAGCAAAUACCAGCCUCAACAGACUCGGGCUAGUGUUUAUCAAAGUCUAAAGAAAUAUAUUCGCAUAGAGGUGUACGGUCAGUGGAACAAGAGACCCCUGUCAAGGAAGAAGCUGUUGCCCACUAUUGCAAACUGUAUUUUUUACCUGUCUUUUGAGAACUCAGAGGCGAAGGACUACAUCAGUGAGAAGCUCUGGAGGAACGCUCUUCAAGCAGGAGCCGUGCCCGUGGUUCUCGGCCCCGGCAGGGCCACCUACGAGGCCCUGGCUCCCCCCGGUUCCUUUAUCCACGUGGAUGAUUUCAAGAGCACAGCAGAUCUGGCUGCCUAUCUGAAGCAUGUGGCUGCAGACAAGCAGGCUUAUGAGAAGUACUUCCAGUGGCACCGAACUCACAGAAUAAAAGUCUACACUGACUGGAGAGAAAGGCUGUGUCAAAUAUGUGUUAAGUAUCCCAGUUUACCAGCCAACAGAGUCUAUCACGACCUGCAGAGCUGGGUUGACAGCUAAAAUGUUGAUCUCCUCAUGCUUUCAGGUCAGUGGGGUGCUCUGAUUGAGACACAUGCAAAUGUGAAAUACCAUACAGUGACAGUGUCUACAUUGGAGAACAUUUAAGUCAGUCAGCCAUCUCGUUAUGGUAAACAGUGAGGAAGUACACACCACAGAAAGAAAUUAGAAGUGGUUGGUUGUGCUGGCUGUGUGCCCUAUGAAAAAGUGGAAGUACGAGAAACGAAAUAAGCAAGUUUCAUUUGUUCUAACCACAGAGGAGAUAUUCAAUUCAUGACAAAAAAGGGAGAUGACAAAAAACCCCAGAUCAAUGGCAAAGUAAUAUUGUAUAGUGUAGCUGCCAUGACAAUGAUACAGUCUCUUGUACCCUGAGUUAAAAGCCAAACAGCUGCUCUAUGGACAAGUUUCAGAUGUUUCAGUGCUUGUCCACUGAAUAAAAGAUUUCAAAAUCUCUGCUGUUAAUGAUUUUUUCACAGUUUCCUCUACAGGCCACAUUAUGCUUCAAACAAAGUGGUCAUUGGAUCAUCUAUUGACCCUCUCCCUCUCCAUCUGUCCCCCAAGUCUUUGUGCUAUCUCAGGUCCGAAUGGAGAGCGGCUGAACCUGAACUACUGAGUUCACCU